GAUCGGCACCAUGAUCCUCCACCGGACGGAGAACUGCUCCUUGUACGGCCUCGUCUCCUUCCUCUGCACACGCCACCGUCAUCUCACCGAUUUCGAUCAGGCCAUCUACUGCCUGCUCCAGGCAGACGGCGACCUACUCCUCACGGACCGCCGCCUCGAUGAUGACGACGAGGCAGCUGCCGGCUUGGACAGAGCCUUCUUGGCCGCCGCUACGGCGGCCUACCACCCCAACCCCGAUGCUCAAGCAAAGCUUUUGCGACGUCUAUGUCCAUGUGAUGAGCGGAUAUCAUCUAUCCUACAAGGUAGUACUGGCCAACUCUCCUCUCAAGAUGUUCAGUGCCUUGCCAGGUUGUUGUGUCCUGAGGCUGCCUGCGGCGAGCAGCCGCUUCGCCGGUUCCCCCAUCCAUGGUACUUGUCAUCGCAAACAAUGAUGUGCAAAAAGAUCAAUGCUGCAUUGAGUGCAUAUGCCGCGAUGCUCAGCGGGGAACCCAUGUAUGAGCUUCAUACAAUCUGUGGUGUGAACAAAUACGUGUCAGGCCCAGUUGGCACUGAUGCUAAGUGCUACCGCACCCAUGUCAAUUUCCUGGCAACUCCCAAAGGCACUCAGUUUCCUGCCGGCACAACUCCGCUGCUAUUCUUCGCUGAGGUUUGCAAUGAUGAUGAUGAUGACAGAGCUGGAAUGCCACAACCCUUCGUCUGUCGCGUGUGGGUGCCGUUACCAUGUGCCGGACGAGUACGGUGCCUUUACUGUGACCACAUGGGUAUUAGGAUUGUGCAUCCGGUUGGGGAAGACUUCCAUGGGCGCAAGUUGGAGUUUGAGAAGAUGGUCUGUGGAGAAGACCCCUGCGACGAUGAUUUUGAUCCUGCAGUGGACCAACCAUAUUACACCAAUACAAAGAUCAUCGACCAUAGUCGCGUCACAACGGAGAGGCUUAAUGGUAGGGUAGAAGAGGAUCGCCUUUACAAUGAUCCGUUGGAGGAUAGUGAUGGGUAUGGCAGUGACAUGACUUUGAUGAGCGAUGAGUAUGAUAGUGAUUUGGAUUCCAUGGCUGAUGAGCGUCAUGUCUAACAUCGUGUCGUAGCUGUUAUUAAGAUGUUGUAGAAUUGGAAGCCAUAGUAGGUAGAAGAGGGUUAACAGUUGACAGAGAACCUUGUCUUAGCCUGAGUUUUAGAUGAUGCACUAGUGUAUUGGAAUGUCGUA